AUGGCUGCUGCUGCCCUUCAGGAUCUGUGCGAGGAAGCCACUUGCUCCAUCUGCCUGGAGGAUUUCAAGGAUCCAGUGAUCACAGAAUGUGGGCACAAUUUCUGCCGAGCCUGCCUGACCCACUGCUGGGAGGGGUCGGAGGGCGAGAAGGUUUCCUGCCCCCAAUGCAGAGUAAAAGUCGGAAGGAACCUGAUCCCCAAUCGGCAGCUGGCCAACUUUGUGGAGAUCGCCAAGGGGCUUCGCUUUCAAGAGGAAACGAUCAGUGAGAGAAAUGGGGGAGCCUGUGGGAAGCACCAGGAGCCCCUGAAGCUCUUCUGCAAGGAUGAUGAAGCCCUCAUCUGCGUGGUGUGUGACAAGUCGAAGGAGCACCGAGAGCACCAGGUGGUUCCUCUGGAGGAAGCUGCUCAGAACUACAAGAAAUGUAUAGAAGCAGAGGAGGAAGCUACCAUAGGCGUGUUCCGGCAACUGCAUCAGUUUCUGGAAGAGCAAGAGAAGCUUCUUUUAGCCCAGAUGAAAGAACUGAAGGAGGAGAUAGCCAGGGAAAGGGAUGAGCUACAGGUUAAAUUCUCCACUGGACUUGCCACUCUUGACGGCCUCAUUCAGGAGACGGAAGAGAACUACCAGAAGCCCCCAUAUGAAUACCUGAAGGACCUAAGAAAGAGUCUGAUGAGGCACGUUGAACCGAUGGAAUCUGUCGUCCCGGAAGAGAGACAAUUUUCUCCUUCACUGAAAUGGAAGACAUGGGAAUUCAGUGAUAUAAAUCCCUUUCUGCAGGGCAUUAUGAAACAAUUCAAAGACGUGUUUGUAUCUGGGCUUCAACCACAGAAAGCUAAUGUAACUCUGGAUCCGGACACAGCACAUCCACGAAUCAAACUGACCAACUCUCAUAAAACCAUGCGCAUAGGAUUUGAAGGCAAAGACCUCCCCCCAAAUCCUAAGCGAUUUGACCAUUAUCUUUUUGCGCUAGGACGUGAGGAAUUCAAAGAAGGCAGGCAUUUCUGGGAAGUCACCGUGAGCCGUAGUGAAGACUGGGCUGUGGGGGUCGCCAGAAGUUCUGUGAGAAGGAAGGGCAGGUUUGCAUGUGGCCCUGAAGAAGGGUUCUGGGUUGUGGGGCAUUGUGAAGGGGAACACACAAUUCCUGGUUUCAUUUAUGUGAGUGAGGUCAAGACGAUCCGAGUGUCUCUGAACCAUCCCGGGAAACGUCUGGCCUUCUACAAUGGAAAAACAGGAGACCUGCUGUGCGUGUUUUCUGCACCCUUGUUCUCUGGAGAACCUGUUUGCCCAUUUUUCUACCUGGGAGAAAAAGGAGGCUGUUUUUCCUCUUUUAAAACUGAACUCACACUAGCUCCCUAAAGCGGGUCUUAUCCACCUCACCAAGCUGUGUUUUGUGGUCACCCUCAAAACCAGCAGACAUAAAAAAUUUUUAAGAAAGAAAUUUUCAGCUCAUUGCUUAAAGAGGCUAUAAAUUCUAUGAGCACCUGAAUAAGCGUCACAGUCGUGACAACAACUCUCUUGAGAGACCACAAGUCUUUUGACCCAGCCGGUGGCCAUUUCUCUUUCCUAUUCCAGACCUGCAGAACUAUGUAGGUACAUUAUGUGCUGUCAAGUUGCAUCUGACUUGCCUUGGUUUCUGUAUGUGAGGUAUUUGAGUAGUUUUGCUUGUCCCCGGUGAUACACAGUGUAAUCGAUGGAGUGGUGGACCAGGAUUCUGGAGACCACGGUUCAAAUCCCCACUUGAGCAUAGAAACUCAAGAUAUCCUUAAAUAUCUCACUUAACUUGAAAGUCCUAUUAGGGUUGCUAUAAGUCGGUUCCGACUCGGUUCUGACUUGAGGACACAGAACAACACCAAUGGUUUUUGACCCGUGCCUGCUUUCUCCUCCUGCUGAACUCCCAGCCUCAGUCUUAAGGAGUGAAUGUCCAUGGAAUGGGAGAAGUUGCUAAUGCAUUUGCUCAAAUACUGCCUCCCAUUCGUUCACUCUCCUGAGCAGCAGGGAGGAAAAAGGAUCAUUUAUGUGAAUCAGAACUGUGUCUCCUACUGAUUUUCUUCACUACCUGGUUUAAAAGAUGACCAGUCAACUUAUUCACUUCUACUCAUUAACACUUCUUUGUGUGCAAAUUGAUUCUACACUGUUCUGCCCACAACAGUGGGACAUAACAUGUUUCAUGUGUUCAAGCCAAUUCCUCUUCCCACUGCAUUUUACCUUUAAAGGGGGGGAAUUAGCUGUCUGUCAUCCUGAGUCCAGUGAUAAGUCAAUCUCCCGCUUGCUUUCUUGUUGGCUCGGACUGCCAGCAGUGAAUUGGAAGGCCCGUGACUUUCCAAAAGGAAGAACCAAAGACGACUUUGGCAUUAGCUUUGCUGGUUAUGGUUUCUCCAGCAUUAGUAUUGUUUGACUGUAAUGCACCAUCGGUAUAGUAAUAUUAAAGAAUUCUCCCAAAGUAUUUCAGUGAUUGCUUCCAGUGCUGGGAUCAUCCCUUGUCUGUUCCAUACAUCCAAGUUUUCUUGCUAUUCCCAACUUCACCUUCCAGUGUUGUUUUCAAAGUAUUUGUCAUGCUGAUGUCUUGCUUUGAUUAAAUAUAAAUAAAAUUGUUAGAAAUCAA